AAGCAGCAACAUCCAGCGCCAACAAUCAGGUUAAAGGGAGCAUGUGAUCGCUGCCCACCUCCUUGCACUUGCGGCAUGAGAGCACCACCGGAACAAACUCAAGGCUUCCCAGGCGCAGCAGAAAAGCCGCUCUACAAUGAUGCUGGGCAGGAGCAUGACACAUCUGCGGAUCCAGCUGCUGCUCAACCUCAUCCCUUUAAUAUUAUUGUGCUGCAGGAUUGCAACAAUCACAAUCUGAUAGAUCAACCGACCGCUGCCUUAACAGUGAGCUGUCAACAGCAAAAUCCUGGAGUGCAACAUCCACAUCCUUACAACUCAAUUUGGCCACAACCUCCUCCCACUUACGCUGAUCCACAGUAUAGCAAUAAUGCCCCAGAUCCACAACACACCUAUGGCAACAACCCGUCUUACAACCACACAACAAAUGGACCCUUCAUGUAUGUUGCGAACAACAGCUUCGGUGGGUCACCUCAACUCAACCAUAGUCCACCCAAUGGCAAUAUUUCGAACGGUUUGCCCCCGCAGAAUUGUCAGUGCGAUCCCGGCACAAAUGGCCAACCUCAGCAUUGCUUUUCGCGGUGCAAGUAGCAAUGGAGGCGAACAGACCUUUGUUUACUGCCCCUACGCUAAUGGUCAACACGAUGAACACAAUAGAAAUUUAUCUACCAAGUCCUCCACUGCAUCGGCAAAAACUGCAGGAGAUGAGCAACUUAAUUACGGAGGACACCUGACCUGCACUUGUAAAUGUGAAGCUUGUCGAAUAGGCUUCGAGGAGAGAAUGAAGCUGCCACAACUAGUGGCCCAGGCUCUGGAGAUUUUCGUAAGGAAUCACAAAAUUGAGGAGAAUGCUAAAAAGCCACAAGACACAAGAGCAUCGAUCACAUCCAUUAACGGGGGACAACGGCAAGAAACCAUUUGAAAAA